ACCAAGGAUGACCCUUCAUCAUGGAAUCAAUUGCUUGUUUUGAAUAAAAAACAACUACACGAUGAGCAAACAUUAGCCGAUGCAGGAGUAACCGAUGGAACAAUACUGAGUGUCGUUCUUUGUCCUCGUGGUGUGACGGGCAUGGGAGCCGAUGCGGGUGAGUUAUUUGUUCGAGCGUUGUCACAAGGAGCAGUCGAAGUGAGUCGAGUCAAGAUUGUCAUUGUCGGCAAAGACAGAACUGGCAAGACGUCCUUUAAACGAUCCUUGCUCAAACAGAAGUUUCAGAUCAUUGAACCGAGCACACCUGUGGCCAUGGCAGAGUUGGCAGUGUGUGAAGCAUCCAACUGGACACUCGUCAAUGACAAGGACCAGGAAUUUUUAGACAAACAAAUAGCUAGAGCAGCCAUGCAUGCAAUGCAUGAUUCUAGUGCAAACGUUUCGGGUAGUGAAGGUGAGAGUCAAUAUGAGGAUGGAAGACCAGAUUGGCCACAUCUUGACAGUCGUGUCGAUCUCGACUCGACAGUCGGUAGAGAAUCUACAUCAACUGAUACUAGAGAAAGUUACGUUGAUGAAGUGAUAGUUCUAACUGAAGGGAUUGCUCGUGCUAUUCGAGAUUUCCAAAGUGAUCCUGAUCUUCUAAAGAAGGAAGAUUCAAAAGUUCACGUUACCAUUUGGGAUUUGGGAGGUCAAGAGCCACUUCUUCCUGGUCAAGGACAAGCCAUCACAUCGGGAUGUGUCGUUUGUGUCGUAUUUAAUGCAUCUCAGUUUCUAGGUGACAAGGCCAAGUCAUUCUACUUUCCUUCUGCCAACUCGGAACCGAUUCUAAUAGACAACCACUGGAUAGAGACAAACUAUGAUGCUGCGUCUUUAUGGGCAUCCAUGACUUUUUUGGCUGGAGACGACGACAGUCGUGAAGGUCUUUGCAUUGGCAAGUCAAAGGACUGUGCGUCGCCGGUCAUGUUUUUGAUUGGUACACAUGCCCAUUGUGUUGACUCAACAAUGAUUAAGCAACAGAAUAGAUUUCUGUCUAGACUGUUUUGUAAUAAAGCAUUUCAGAAACACAUCCUGCGACCAUCCAAUCACCAUGAUGAUUGGUUCUUUUGUGUUGAGAAUUCAGUGUCUGACUCUGACAGUGCAACUGAGGAUGCAGGUGUGAGUGCAGUGAAGCGACUCAUUGAAGAGAUGGCACGUGAUGUGUCACCCAAUUGUCUAAUAUCAGCCACUUGGUCAGUUCUAGAGAAGAUCCUUGAUGCUCUAGAAGAAAAGUUGGGCAGUGCUCUUUCCAAUGUCCAUGUUAUCAUGGUUUUUGCUCGUCGAUUGUGUCAUAUGUCUGAAGAGAAAGAAGUUCGUGCUGCUCUGGCAUAUUUAGAUGAAGCCAGUUCAGUCAUCUUUCAUCAGGAAAGUGAGAAGCUGAAGAACAUAGUCGUCACCAAACCAAGCUGGAUUUUCAUGGUUUUCUCAGUGGUGACGUCUGUCACUACUCUUCCUCCUCCUCUACUGAGUAAGAUUGGGAUCGAGUGCGACAAGUAG